UGAAAUGUGAGGGGUGUACUCACUUUUGUGAGAUACUGUACAUUUAGGCAAUAUUAUCACAUUUGAUAAGUGAUGUACAGUAUAAUGAACAGUUAAAAACAAUUUUUAGUCAAACAGUCAAAAGCAUGAAAAUGUACCAUGCUUUUACAGAAUUGAAUUUUGGGGGAAAUGUUGUAGAUUCAUGCAAGCUAAUAUAUUAGGGGAGGGAGGAAAUCUCAUGCAUUUUUAUAACACCUAUGGCAGUAGUAUUUCCUAGUUUGUUUACAAAGUUACACUGGUUUUAUAUGUGGUAAUUAUAGUCAUACUAUAAAUACCACAGUUAAACUGGUUACUACAAUUCAGUAAUUCAUUAAUGAUGAAUAUUUUGUACGUUUAUUCUCUAGUGUAAAUACAGUUUGAGGUCUGAGGUUUGAAUGUAUCAUAAAUGUCACUCUUAUAUUUGAAGAAAACGUUGAGGUGUGUUUUGCAUGUGUCCUUUUCUGGUGUAUAGCGAUUGUGAAAAUUCAGGGUUUGUUUUGAUAACACUAGCAAAAAAAUCGACAAUUCUUGGUGUUUAAAAUAGUAAAAUGUAUUUUUUUUUUUUUUUUUUUUUUUCAUAAUAACAUAAUGUCAUUUAAUAGGUGGUCAAGUACAGUAUUUUAUGAUACAUUAUUAACUAUGCAGAGAGACCGUCAUCAGCGUGCGCCACUCUGAACAAACGUGUCGUAGUUCUGUGUCAACAUGGCUGCACGCGCUGGAGACAAGCGUGGUCUGGAGCAUUUAGAUGAAUAUGAACCAAAACCGGCAAAACAGCAAAGAAGUCUGCACGAUCAGAUGACGGAAAAGCGUCUUGUUGUUGUUUUAGAAGGAGCGACGCUUGAAACCGUAAAGGUUGGAAAGACAUUCGAGUUGCUGAACUGUGAUCAGCAUAAGAGUAUGAUAAUAAAGAGUGGACGAGACCCUGGAAAGAUUCGCCCCGAUAUCACACAUCAGUGCCUGCUGAUGUUACUGGACAGUCCUUUGAACAGAGCUGGACUGCUGCAAGUGUACGUUCACACAGAGAAGAACGUUUUGAUCGAGAUCAACCCACAGACAAGAAUUCCUCGCACCUUUGCACGAUUUUGUGGACUCAUGGUCCAGCUCCUGCACAAGAUGAGUGUGAGAGCAGCUGAUGGCUCUCAACGUUUGUUGAAGCUCAUUAAAAAUCCAGUGUCGGACCACCUGCCACCUGGAUGCCCCCGAUUUUCCACAUCGUUCAAAGCAGGAGAUGCUGUAUGUCCCAGAACAGUCGUCCCCAAAGAUGGACCUGCCGCUAUUGUCAUUGGAGCAUUUGCACAUGGAACAGUGAAUGCCGACUAUACAGAGAAGACCGUGUCCAUCAGUAACUAUCCUUUAUCUGCAGCUCUGACCUGUGCCAAGAUGUGUUCAGCGUUUGAGGAGGUCUGGGGAGUGUUAUGACAAAAUCAAACUGUUAUUAACUGUCAUGUUUAUGCCUGAUUGAGGAACAGACCUUUGGAUUGCGUUCUGUGUGUAUGUGUUUCAUUCCUUUGAGCAAAAAUUGUGUUAUGUGACAUCACAACAGAGGAGAACAUUUUAUGUCAAAAUUGUAACACAAUUUUAACACACACUGAAGCAAACAUUUACACUCUUUAAAAUGUGGAGUAUUAAACCUAAAUGUCUUUUUGUAUAAGUCUAUACAUUUAGUAAUAAACCCAGAUUUGCAUUUAAAUCUAUUCCUGAUAUGUAAAACACUUUUUCUCCUUACAAUAAACAAUAAGAACUGGUUUUCUUCAGCACUA